GUGGCGAUGUCUCCAGGAGAGGAUGGUCUGAUUGGAAUCCCCUUCCCGGAGCACAGCAGUGAGCUCCUGUCCCGUCUCAAUGCGCAGAGACGGACGGGGCUCCUCUGUGACCUCACGUUGACCUCUCGGGGGGCCCGCUACCCCACGCACCGAUCCGUCAUGGCCGCCGUGAGCCUGUACUUCCGCCGUCUUUUCGGGGCGGAGGAGGGAGAGGAGGGCGGAGAGGGGGUGAGCGGAGGCUGCAGCGUGUGCCAGCUCGACUGCGUGUCGCCCGACGCUCUCGACGCCCUCCUGGAAUUCGCGUACACGGCCACGCUGACCAUCCGCAGCUCGGGCAUGCGAGAGGUCCUCAAGGGGGCGCAGUUGCUGGGGAUCCAGUGCGUGGCGGACGCCUGCCGCGACAUCCUGGGCGAAACGGGUGAGGACGCGGAUCCCGUGGAGGAGGCCGAGAGGGCCUCGCGACGCAAGCAGGACCAGCGGGCCGCUGCCAGGGCGACCUCGCCGAUCCGGCCGACCUGGCGACACUCUCAGCCCGAGUUUGUUCCGCCCCCUGGUUCGCCGAUGCCGGAAUACGGCUUACCGCCGACCGAGGAGCUCCUGUUUGCCGCAGGGCAAAACGGGUCUUCGCAAGGCAGCCAGCAGGGGGUGCUGGCUAACGGAGGCACAUACCGUCACCGGGAGAGUACUUUGCCACCGCCUGUGUCCGAAGACCCAGCCUCAGAGGAGGAGCCUUUGAAAGUGGAGGUGCCAGGAGCCGGGGUUGUUAGACUCCCCACCCCAACUCGGGGCGAGAGAGGAGGCGCAGGAGGAGGAGGCGCAGGAGGAGGAGGAGUUGCUGCAGUAGGUGGCAUGGGGGGAGGAAAGAAGAGGAAGUCCCAGACCCCCCAGCAGUGUCCGGUCUGUCAGAAGAUCAUUCACGGUGCUGGAAAACUGCCCAGGCAUAUGAGGACACACACGGGAGAAAAACCUUUCCAGUGCACAGCCUGCGGAGUCCGCUUCACUCGGAAUGACAAGCUGAAGAUCCACAUGCGGAAACACACUGGGGAGCGGCCCUACCCUUGCCCCGACUGUCCCGCCCGUUUUCUACAUUCCUACGACCUGAAGAACCACCUGUCCCUGCACAGCGGCGCCCGUCCCUUUGAGUGUCCCCUGUGUCACAAAGCCUUCGCCCGGGAGGACCACCUCCAGAGACACCGCAAAGGUCACAGCUGCCUGGAGCUCCGAACCCGACGCCCGCGCCGCGGAACCGGGGGGUCGCCGGGGGAACCCGGGCCUGUUCCGGACCAGCUCCAGGACCAGAUCGCUCUCCAUCAGCACCCGCCGUCGUCCUCCUCCUCUUCCUCCUCCUCCUCGUCCUCCUCGUCCGCCGCCGCUGCCGCUGCCGCUGCCGCCACCGCCCAGCUCCUGUACCAGCAGGGCCAGGAGGCCCGGUCCGUCUCCAUGCAGGCUAUGUCUUUGCUGGGUUCGGGCAGACUGGGCUCCUUCGAUCAAAGAACACCAAAAAAAACUAAGUUCGGUCCCUUGAGCGACCAGGACAGGAUUUUUACCAACCUGUAUGGACGUCAUGACUGGAGACUGCGGGGGGCGCUGAAGCGAGGUGACUGGUACAAGACAAAAGAGAUCCUGCUGAAGGGCCAUGAGUGGAUUCUGAAUGAGGUGAAGAUUUCAGGUCUGAGAGGGAGAGGGGGAGCUGGGUUCCCCACUGGAAUGAAGUGGAGCUUCAUGAACAAACCUAGUGACGGGAGGCCUAAAUACCUGGUGGUGAAUGCGGACGAGGGGGAGCCCGGCACCUGCAAGGACAGGGAGAUUAUGAGACACGACCCCCAUAAGCUCAUAGAGGGAUGCCUGGUGGCAGGCAGAGCUAUGGGAGCACGCGCGGCCUACAUUUACAUCCGCGGCGAGUUCUACAACGAGUCCUCCAACCUGCAGAUUGCGAUUAACGAGGCGUACGCUGCCGGUCUGAUCGGGAAGAACGCGUGUGGUUCGGGUUACGACUUUGACGUGUUCGUGAUGCGGGGGGCUGGGGCCUACAUCUGCGGGGAGGAGACCGCGCUGAUCGAAUCCAUCGAAGGGAAGCAGGGCAAACCACGACUCAAACCCCCGUUUCCUGCCGAUAUAGGUGUGUUCGGAUGCCCGACGACAGUCGCCAACGUGGAGACGGUUGCCGUGGCGCCAGCGAUCUGUCGUCGAGGCGGCGCUUGGUUCGCAAGUUUCGGGAGAGAGAGGAAUUCCGGGACGAAGCUUUUCAACAUCUCGGGUCACGUGAACAAUCCGUGCACGGUGGAAGAAGAGAUGUCCAUCACGCUGAGAGAGCUGAUCGAGAGACAUGCAGGCGGCGUGAGAGGUGGCUGGGAUAACUUACUGGGCGUGAUUCCCGGAGGGUCCUCCACGCCCAUUAUCCCGCGUUCUGUCUGCGAUGAUGUCAUGAUGGACUUUGAUGACCUCGUCAGGGCGGAGACUGCUUUGGGCACAGCCGCCGUCAUCGUCAUGGACAAAUCAACUGACGUGAUCAGAGCCAUUGCCCGCCUGGUGGAGUUUUACAAACAUGAAAGCUGUGGACAGUGCACCCCCUGCAGGGAGGGUGUGGACUGGAUGAACGCGAUGAUGUGGCGUUUCGUCAAGGGUGACGCUCGGAACUCGGAGAUAGACAUGAUCUGGGAGCUAAGCAAACAGAUUGAAGGUCACACUAUCUGCGCCUUGGGAGAUGGGGCAGCCUGGCCCGUGCAGGGCCUAAUCCGACACUUUCGUCCCGUGAUGGAAAAUCGCAUUGAAGAGUUUAAGAAGACUCAUCCUGACGAGGCGGCUAAGCGAAGAGAGGUCGUCUAA